AUGGGAACCCCGAGGCUGACUGCGCUCAUCUCUCGCUGCCGCAAGCCGAUCUUCACGGCAGCGGAAGAUGUCGCUCUGACUUCGGCAGCGCUGCUGAACCUUACACUCUACCUGGACGCCCGCGAGACACGAGAGUGCCUUGUGCCACUGAAAAAGUUUGCGCGGCAUAGCCCUGAGACUUUACAGGCAGCAUUGGACAGCACCGAUGUGAGCCCAGAGGUGGCCGACGAUGGACGGCGUUUUGCUGCUGUUUCGCGCGUUAUCCCAACAUCCAAGUCUGCAGUGGCGACGGUGCUGUGGUCACGAGUCGUCAGCACCACCACCCGCGCCUUGGAGACCGGUGUGUGGACCCCGUCCGACCUGCGGGUGAUAAUAAAUCACAUUCGCCGGUUCAGCGCAUACGACGCGGCCUUUGUGGAGUGUGCCGCUCGCUAUGCCGGUGCGGGUAUUCCGUGUGCCAGCGCCGAUGACCUACCGGCGCUUGUGUCGAUCGUGACGUCCCUACCUGAGCUAGUAGCGCACCCGACGAGGCUGCUGGACGCUGCUGGGGAUCGAGCUGCGGUCCUCGCAGGGUCUCUUACCCCUGGCGCGGUUGGGCACAUCUGCGGUCAAUUGAAUCGCAACCUUUGCACCAACACAAAUGCCGUGAUUGCGUUUCAGGAGGAAGCCGGCCGGUGCGCGGAGAUGGGCGAUACUUUCACGGCUGUGCAGCUGAUGUGUUUCGUGGCACGGCACAAGCCUGCACUUAUCAGCGGGGAGGCGGUGGUGUGGCUGAUGGAGCGUAUCACUGGCGAAGAACUGGACGUGAGGUCGCUAGAAAACUUGUGCAGCGCUGUGGUGCACUUGCCGUUUCCAGUGCGCACUGCGCUUCGGCAGGAGCUGAUGGAGUUUGUGGAAUUCUUGUCCUUGCAGGCCCGCGAGCUGCUGCAGCAGGUCCCUGCGGCACAGGCCGGGCUGAGCGGGUGCCACGACGCUGAUGCAAUUCAGUACUUUGUAUCGCAUGUCUUGGAGCUGAGCGUGAUGCUUCGCACCUACCCGGAUCUGCAGUGGCCGCCCGAGUUUCUCGCUGCUGCGGACGCGUGCGCCGCCAGUGUGGAGCCGCUGCAGGAGGCGCUUCUAUCUGCGGAGAGCUCGCCGGUGGGGCUUAUGGUGCGGCUGUUAGAGGCACCAACAGAUGAGUGCAAGCGGGUGGGCCUGGGAAUGCUGCGCGAGGCGGCGAACCAGUGCCAGUCCUUUGCGACCCUUCAAACAUUUCGAUUUCUUCUUCUUAUGGGCGACCACGGCCUGCAGGACGUGGGCACUUCCCGCUACUUGCGCGACCAGUUUGCGAAAACGGCUGCGGAUGUGCCGCCUGUGCAGUUGAGCGUGGCGCUGCGCUGCCUCGGCGUUGCGACGGCUGGUGCGGCAGCGCAGGGUACCAGCGGCGCAGACGAGCCCCGCACCACCGUAGAGGGCGCCGCGAGCGAUGCCGACGUUGACGAUGAGCUGGAGCGCGAACGUCUCGGUGCCUUUCUGCAGUUCUGCGUGGAGUUGUCGCGCAAGCACCUCUCUCAAGGCGCGCCACUAAGCUGUGUGCUGGCUACGACAGAAAACUUGCAUCGCCUCGGCUGUCGCGACACAGCCUUUUUCGCCGAUGUGGCGGCGUACAUCGCAGCCAAGCGCACAGCUGCACCGGCUGAGAAGGAAAGCGCCGACACUGCCACGGCGGUGUGCGCCGCUCUUGGCGAGGACUUGCUGAGGGAGUACCCUGAGGUGCGCGAGUUCUUGCUGGACGUGGCGCAGCGCGGUGUGAGGGGGGAGUCCGCCAUGCCGCCGACCCAGUGGAUGAACCUGCACGACCCCUCGAAUGCUCUCACCUCCCUGACGGAGCAACAGCAGGAGAGCUGGGACAUUGUGGAGGAGAUGGUGCGCACCCGCUCGGACGACGUGGAUGCGCUUGUUCGGCUGGCGGAGAAGUACAUGGAGCUGCUACCGUUCGCGCGCCCCGAUGACCACAAGUACUUUUUUGGCGUGUGCGAGGAAAAGGUGCUCAAGCAGGAUAAGCUGCUGAAGAAGUGCCUGGACACGAUUGUUGACAGCGGUGUCGUGAACCGUCUGUCCGCGCAGACGAUUGCGUCGAUCUUGCAUAGCCUCGCUGCGAUCCGAUUCGAGUACUUUGCAUCCGUGAAGUGCUUCAUGUCAAGCAUCAGUGAUGAGCAGUGGCUUUUGAUGGAGGCUGCGCCGCUAGUGCAGAUCCUCACCGGCAUGGAUAAGCUCUCUCUCCGCACACCGGCGGUUCUGCGCCGCAUUGGUGGACGUCUGAUGGAGGUCUGCCGCUUCCUGACACCGUUGGACACUGCGCAGGCGAUUCAUGCACUGCAGGCGCUGGGCCACAACGAUGCCGUGCUGCUGGGAAAGCUUGCCGCCCACGCCGCGGCGUUGGCGCGACGAUUCGACGAGGCCAGCAUGGCAGUGCUCUUCAGCACACCCUCAAUCCACAGACUGAUGAGCACGCCUGAAGUGGCGCGACCUCUUCUCCUACAAGCAAGUGCGAAGAUCCAGUCGCAACACCGGCGUGAGAAGAUAUCGGCGUGGGUGCGCCGCUCUGGCUUGCCGCGCGAGUUAAUCGAUGAAAGUACGAGGCGCCUUCAGGUGACGAGCGGGGAUGCCAGGCCCUCGGAAGCUCGUCUUCGUCUCACCUAA